GACAAAUGUUGCAGAUUGCCCCGCCGGUCAUUGCGCGCAAAAUAAACUCCUCGACUCAUGCUUCAACAGCCCAAAGACACUAUGAAGAGCAGAAACAAAGCCAUUAUUGUUUCACCCAAAUGGAUCGUUGUUUUCUGCAUCUUCAGCUUCGCCCUUGGCAUACUCUUCUCCAACAGGUUGUGGGCUCCUUCUGAGUGGGAUGAUCCGAUAGUUUCUCUGAGGAGACGUCAACAAGAAAUGGCAAUUGACUCAAAAAGGGAGAAGGAUAAAGAGGAUGUCCUCAGAGGUUAUAAGGAAGCUCAAGAAGCUAUUAAGAAUAAUAGGUCUCUCGACAAUUCAAUUGCUAAGCUUCGGCUGGAGCUACCAUCUGCUAGAGAUGUUGAUCAGAUGGGAAAAUCUGAAAAUUUGCCUGCCCUUGGCACGGACUCGAAUGGCAAGAGUAAGCGCGAAAAGGCAUUUAUAGUCAUUGGAAUUAACACAGCUUUUAGUAGCAGAAAGAGGCGUGAUUCAGUUAGAGAAACCUGGAUGCCUCAAGGUGAAAAGCUAGUUCAGUUAGAGCGUGAAAAGGGGAUAUUCAUCCGAUUCAUGAUAGGUCACAGUGCAACAUCCAAUAGCAUUUUGGACAGAGCAAUUGACUUGGAGGAACAACAGCAUAAUGACAUUCUCCGGCUGGAACAUGUUGAGGGAUAUCAUGAGUUAUCUGCAAAGACAAAAGCAUUCUUUUCUACUGCAGUAGCCAAAUGGGAUGCUGACUUUUAUGUUAAGAUCGAUGAUGAUGUUCACGUAAAUCUGGGCACAUUAGCUGCUACUCUUGCCCGUCACCGUUCAAAACCAAGGGUAUACAUAGGGUGUAUGAAAUCAGGACCAGUUCUUUAUCAGAAGGACGUCAAGUACCACGAACCUGAACAUUGGAAAUUUGGAGAGGAGGGGAACCGAUAUUUCAGACAUGCAACUGGUCAGAUAUAUGCUAUCUCACAGGAAUUGGCAACAUACAUCUCUGUCAACCUACCAAUUUUGCAUAAAUAUGCAAAUGAAGAUGUUUCACUGGGGGCAUGGCUAAUUGGUCUUGAAGUUGAGCACAUUAACGAUCAUAAUAUGUGCUGUAGAACACCACACGAAUGUGAAUGGAAAGCACAGUCUGGUAGCGCUUGCGUGGCAUCAUUUGAUUGGAGGUGUAGUGGGAUUUGCAGUUCUGUUGAAAGAAUAAAAGAGGUUCAUACCAGGUGUGGUGAAGAUCCUGCUACCCUUUGGAGUGUGCUCUUGUGAUCACUGCCAUAAUAGAUAAACAAUCCAAAUAUACUAGAGUUUGAGGACCAUCACCAAUCUCUCCUGAGCUACCUUGGAUUCCACAGGAUUGACUAGGAAAUCAUGUUACAAAAGCGUAAUUAUAGUGAGAAUGGUUGUAGCUGAAUCACAUUAGUGAAUCUGCAUCUUGUAUCCCCAAAGGAAAAGCUGAAGCUCAGUGUGAAGCAUUGUUAACUAGUGGCUGUUUCUCAGCUCAUUUUAUGCAUUGAAAAUUCAUGCUUCUUUUUCAUA